UGAACAGCUGGGAUUGGUGGUGCUCGCCCGCGCAUUUCGCAUUCUGUGUCUAGCCUUCAUUUUUAUUGGUAUUAUUGGAAAUUUAAUAGAAUGCAGUGUCCCAGCAGUCCCGUCUACCAUACAAGUGUCGAGCAGAAACGGCACGCACAAAAUGUGGCUAAACAACAACGCUUGGGCAUGCCAAAAUUGCGUGAACUACUUCGGGAGAAAUGUCGUAUACGCAUUCUAAAUGCACGGAAGGACAAGGUCGAUGGCAAUCGGAAAAUGCAGUUGUCGGAGCUGGAAGACAUUUUGCGUUUAGAGCUCAACGAGCUGGAUCAGAAUUUACAAUUGGAGCAGCAUGUCUUUGAGGAGCUCCUCAGCGACGUCAACGAAUGGUAUGCCCUCCAGGAGCAGCACUUGGAAGCACUGUACACUGAGCUCGAUGCCGAAGCCAAUGUCCUUUCAUUAAUCUGUCCCGUAUGCUUGAUAAAGUCGAUGCAGCGCAUCAAAUCGCUGUACACAUGCGACUGCGGAGUACACUUUGAGCAUAGCGCAGAAAAGCCACAAUUGCAGGCACUGAUUCAGCAGAAGGUCAACGAGCAUGAACUCAGCUGCACCCAGGCGCUGCGCUUCUUCAUUGAAGCGGACUCUUCGAGCAGCCGUUUGUUUGCGAUGUGCGGUAGCUGUGAUUAUUUCUGCUCUGUUUAACAAAUAAU